UCCCCCCCUUCGUUCACUUCUCUAAAAUCUGGGUCUUCGUGUUUAUAGAUCUCUGAUGUUUCUCGCUUCUUGAGUGCAAGAUUUUCUCCAUUUUCUUGUUUUAUAAAGGGAGAGACGUGGUUAUUUGUGUGCAUUUUGGAGUAAUGCUAUAAUGGGUUUCUUUUGUUUCUCCGUUUUAUGUUGAAGAUUCUCUCUUCUACAUUUCAAGGAAGCAGAUUUAGAAGUAUAUCGGCGAUGAGGUGCCAGUAGAUAAGUGGCAUCAGCUUGGAGUUGACAAAAUGGUUGGCACUGCAACCAAUGGCAGAAUGCGACAAGCAUUUUCAAUUGUUAAUGGUGAACAAGAACUCGUUCCGACUAGUGCUCCCCACAGUAAUGCCGGAUCAGAAUGUGGUGGGAUUGAGUUCACAAGAGAGGAUGUUGAUGCAUUGUUAAAUGAGAGAAUGAAAUACAAAAACAAGUUCAAUUACAAGGAGAGAUGUGACAAUAUGAUGGAUUACAUAAAGAGGCUAAGGCUUUGCAUCAGAUGGUUUCAAGAGAUAGAAGGAUGUUACCUGUUUGAGCAAGAGAAGUUGCAAAAUCUAUUGGAAUUUAAGGAGAGUCAGUGUGCUGAAAUGGAGUUGAUGUUGGAAAAUAAGGAAGAAGAAUUGAAUUUGAUUAUUGUGGAGUUGAGAAAGAGUCUUUCUUCUUUACAAGAGAAAGUUUCUAAAGAAGAAUCAGAGAAGUUGGCUGCAGUAGAUUCUCUUGCAAGAGAAAAAGAGGCCAGAAUUAGUAUUGAGAAGUCACAAGCUUCCCUCUCAGAGGAACUUGGAAAGAUUCAAGGAGAGCUUCAAAGUGCUAAUCAGAGGAUAGCAUCAGUAAACGAUAUGUACAAACUAUUACAAGAGUACAAUUCAAGCCUACAGCUAUAUAAUGGUAAACUUCAGACAGAUCUUGAUACAGCUCAUGAAACUGUUAAGCGUGGAGAGAAAGAAAAAGCCGCUAUUGUGGAGAAUCUCAGCAACUUAAGGGGUCAACACAAAUCCUUGCAAGAUCAAUAUGCUUUGUGCAAAGCAUCUCUAGAAGAAGUAACAAAGCAGAAGGAUGCCUUGGUGUAUGAAGUUGCAUCUCUAAGGGGAGAGUUGCAACAAGCAAGAAAUGAUCGUGAUCAAUACCUGUCACAAGUAAACGAUUUAACUGCCAGAGUGGUUAAUUGUGAUGAGCUAGCAGUAAAAUCAAAUGAAUUAGAGGAAAGAUGCUUAUCACAGAGUAAGCAGUUACAGACACUGCAGGAGCAACUUGAGGUUGCCCAAAAUAAAUUAAAGGUAUCUGAUCUGUCUGCAUUUGAGACGAGAACUGAGUUUGAAGCACAAAAAAGGCUUAUAACUGAGUUACAAAAUCGACUAGAAGAUGCAGAAUUUAAACUUAUUGAAGGAGAGAAGCUCCGUAAAAAGUUACAUAAUACAAUCUUGGAACUGAAAGGGAACAUUCGUGUAUUUUGUCGAGUGCGGCCUCUGUUGCCUGAUGAUAGUCCUUGCGCUGAAGGCAAGGUUGUAUCUUAUCCCACAACAACAGAGGCACUUGGGCGAGGCAUUGAUUUGCUGCAAAAUGGGCAAAAAUAUCCUUUCACUUUUGACAAAGUUUUUACACCUGAUGCAUCACAAGAGGAUGUUUUCGUGGAAAUUUCACAGCUUGUUCAAAGUGCUCUUGAUGGUUACAAGGUUUGUAUUUUUGCAUAUGGCCAGACAGGUUCGGGUAAAACUUACACUAUGAUGGGCAAACCAGGGCAUCCAGAGCAGAAGGGGUUGAUUCCCCGGUCACUAGAACAAAUAUUCCAGACUCGGCAGUCUCUUUUGUCACAAGGCUGGAAAUAUGAAAUGCAGGUUUCAAUGUUAGAAAUAUACAAUGAAACAAUUCGUGAUCUGUUGUCAACAAAUCGAGAUUCAUCACGAACAGAAAAUGGUACUAGUGGAAAGCAAUAUGCAAUUAAGCAUGAUGCCAAUGGGAAUACACAUGUCUCUGACCUUAGCAUUGUGGACGUUCGCAGUACUAGGGAGGUCGCAUUUCUUUUAGAUCAGGCUGCUAACAGUAGGUCUGUGGGCAAGACCCAGAUGAACGAACAGUCAUCUAGAAGUCACUUUGUUUUUACGCUACGAAUAUCUGGAGUUAAUGAGAGUACGGACCAACAAGUGCAAGGCGUCUUGAAUCUUAUUGAUCUAGCUGGGAGCGAGCGACUUUCCAAGAGUGGCUCCACUGGAGAUAGAUUAAAAGAAACUCAAGCUAUCAAUAAAAGUUUAUCUUCUUUAAGUGAUGUUAUCUUUGCCUUGGCAAAGAAGGAGGACUAUGUACCAUUCAGAAAUUCAAAGCUCACUUACCUUCUUCAGCCAUGUCUGGGUGGGGACUCAAAGACGCUUAUGUUUGUGAACAUCUCUCCUGAUCCCUCCUCAUUGGGCGAGUCACUAUGCUCACUCCGGUUUGCAGCCAGGGUUAAUGCUUGUGAGAUAGGAGUUCCUCGACGUCAUACCAUCAUGCGGUCUGCAGAUUCUCGCUUGAGCUUGGGCUGAUUCUUAACAAAAUAACGAUUUCCACUUCUAUUUCAGAACAUUAUCUCUGUCACGACUCACGAGUACUGAUAAAUUGAGAAAGUGAAGAGUGAUCCUAACCUCAAGCUGAUUAUAACUUGUAUAGUAAAGAUAUUGUUGCACACGAAAGCCUCAUCUCUUAAUGAAUUAAAUUUGUAAGGAUAAUACAAUUUUUCUUAAAUUUGUAUUAUAUUAUUAUGUUUUGAGGAUGA